AUGUCAAUUGCAAGUGAUGUGGAAAUACAACAGCAGCAGCAGCAACAACAAUAUUCCAUUGUUGAAUAUAUUGGUUACAAUGAAGGUGGUCUGUGCGGUUAUUGUCGUCAAGUGGAAGCAACUCCAACCAGUAUUGGAGUUAUGGGAUAUCAUCUGUCAUGCGAGCACUUUAAUCAGCUCUUAGAUAGAGGAUGUAAUCGAUCUGGUAAAUAUUUGUACAAGCCGAUGAUUGCUAAUACAUGCUGUCCACAAUAUACAAUCAGACUUGAUGUCAGCAAUUUUCGCUUAUCAAAAGCACAAAAGAGAGUAUUGCGUCGAAUGAAUGAUUUUCUCCAGAAAGAUAUUCGACCGAACCUACGAACAAAAAUAUCGGAGUACAAUGUAGCGAAAAAAACGACUAAAAGCAGCGCAUCAAAUUCUCAAGUCAAAAAAGUUCAAGAUGAUGAGAAAAAAACAUUAAAUAAUGAGCUUCAGAAAAAAGGAAGAAAGAAAAAAAUCCUUAGGAGAGAAAGAGCAUUACAAAAAAUGCGCGACAAAGGAAUCAAUAUCAAGGAGGCUCAAAGAAUACGUCAAGAAAAAGAAGAAUGUCGGAGAAGAACACUGGGAUCAUUCAUCGUCAAUUACGAUUCGGAAACUUUUAAGCAUAAAUUAGAAGUACGUUUGGUUGACUCAAAUUCAUCUGAGUUUUGUGAGACUUUCAAAGAAAGCUUUAAAUUGUACGAGAAAUACCAAACGAAUGUUCAUCAUGAUACUCGCUGUAAUAAGGCUGGCUAUCGGAAUUUUCUUGCAGAUUCACCACUUUUCAACGACGAAAGAGACGAAAGUAAGAGUGUCGCGCUUGGUUCAUAUCAUCAACAGUAUUAUCUUGAUGGGCAUCUGAUAGCUGUUGGUGUUGUGGAUAUUUUGCCACGUUGUCUAUCAGCCAAAUAUCUCUAUUACGAUCCUGACUAUGAAUUUCUCACCCUUGGAACGUAUACUGCUUUACGUAUUGAUUUCUUUAAAUUGCGGAAUUUUGGAGUAUUUCUACACUCUAUAAAUAAGCCACUCGUUGGUUUACGUGGAAGGGAAAUUGCAUUUACUCAGGAGCUUGCAAAGGAAAGACCGCAAUUACACUACUACUAUAUGGGUUUUUACAUUCAUUCAUGUCAGAAAAUGCGCUACAAAGGACGCUUUCAUCCUUCCUAUUUGCUGUGUGAUCGUAGUUUUACGUGGGUACCCAUGGAAAGAUGUUUGGAAAUGAUAGAGAAAUGCGGUGAACGAAUUGAAGCAUUCGCUCCAGAUGCUCCAGUAGCUGAAAAAUGUCCAGUGCAAUCUGUAAGAUGUCUUUACAAAAUGACUGUCCUUCCUUAUCAGGUUUUGUUAACACUACCGGGUUUUAAAGAAACGGAAACAUUCAUGGAAGAAUAUGCCCGAAUAGUUGGACCAAUCGCUCGAGAAAUGUUGCUUUACAGAAAAUGA